UCUCGGCUAUUUUCGCUGUUGCUGGCUUUUUCAGGGGCUGCUCGCUCGCAGCCAGAGACGCUGCUUUUUUUUCCGGGUUCGGAGUCGUUCCGGAUGCUUUAGGCUGCCGGAUGUCUGAUCUCCGGAUAACUGAGGCGUUUCUGUACAUGGAUUAUCUGUGUUUUAGAGCACUUUGCUGCAAGGGACCACCACCUGCACGCCCAGAAUAUGACCUGGUUUGCAUAGGCCUCACAGGUUCUGGCAAGACAAGUCUGUUGUCAAAGCUCUGCAGUGAAAGCCCUGAGGAAGUUGUGUCAACCACAGGGUUCAGUCUCAAAGCAAAACCAUUCCAAAACCAAAUAUUGAAUCUCAAUAAAUUAGGAGGGGCUGAUAAUAUCCGGAAAUACUGGAGCCGCUACUACCAAGGAUCUCAAGGGGUAAUAUUUGUAUUAGACAGUGCCUCUUCAGAAGAUGAUUUAGAAACUGCUAGAAAUGAACUGCAUUCAGCUCUUCAGCACCCACAGUUAUGCACUUUACCCUUUUUAAUAUUGGCCAAUCAUCAAGACAAGCCAGCAGCUCGCUCAGUACAAGAGAUCAAAAAAUACUUUGAACUUGAACCACUUGCACGUGGAAAACGUUGGAUUCUGCAGCCCUGCUCGCUGGAUAACAUGGAUGCACUGAAAGACAGCUUCUCUCAGCUGAUAAAUUUGUUAGAAGAAAAAGAACAUGACGCUGUAAGAAUGUGAAAUCUGGCAAAGAAAAUGGGCUCCCAAAAGGCCUUGAACCUAUCAUGUUUCUCGUUUUAAUUUUAUUUUGGUAUCAAGACUAUAAUGGCUUCAUUAUCUAUUUUUCUCUAGUUAUUUCAGACUCUCAUCUCUCUAUUAAAGUGAAUAUUCUGUAAAUCAAGUGAAUUAUCAUCGGCAUUAACGUCAAGUACACACUACUGAGAGAGAAUUUAUUCUCUGUUUACCACUAAUUAUCUUCACCGCAUGUCUCUUCCUUCUGUUGUUCUAAGCAUCUCUUCUAUAUUCUGUGCUAAAACGGAUGGAAUUCAUGGCUCAUGGAAAUCAAAUCCCUUAUGAAGGACUCAGAAAAGCUCACAAGACCUUGACUAAUUUUCCCUGGGUUUGGAAGUGGAGUAUUGUGUGACUGGGACUCCACAUAACAUGUAUAUCAUUUUCAAGAUCUCUUGGGGUUUUUUGUUUCAUUUUUAUCUUAAUUUUUGGUUUUUUGUCUUUUGUAUGCUGACCUUAUAGACUAUGAGAGAAAAAUGAGCACCAAAAACUUCAGUUAAUCACCUUAUCAGGAAGGAAUAUCCUGCCAUAGCAAAAUUGGCUUUGAAGAACUUAAAGACAAGAUACAUAAUGUUUCCUCAAUUACAUCUGAAGUCUCACUCCCCUCUUUUAAGAGCAAAACGACUGUUUCAGUUUUUGAGAGGAGUUAAAGGAAAUUUAGGAACCAUGCAUGCAUCACUGAUUACAUUUGAUCAAGUCCUCAAAUAUUUUUUAAUGGAAAGAUUAGCCUGUAUAAAGUCAAGCUGCAAUGUAAUAUAGGUAUCUU